GAAAAUAGUUUGCUUGUACUUUGCUAACUUGUACUUUAUACGCUCUCUACUUCGUUUAGUGGCGGUCCAGACCAACUUGGCCCCUCCCAAGAAGGUCCAAUCAGGGAUGAUCCAGUCUAGCCUUGUCCAGGCCAGUGUGGCGGCCAUGCAGAACCCCAUGGGCUGUAAUUCCAAGGGGGCCAACGGCCACUGCCCCUUACCCCGGCUCUCCGUCUCCUCCCGCUCCGCCAGCGUGGUGGCCAGCAUGGACACAACCGGUGACCUCUCGGCCCUCCACUCUGUGAUGAAGUGGAAGACAGUGGUGGCGGUUUUCGUGGUGGUUGUAGCCUUCUUGGUGGGGGGCGGCCUGGCCUUCCGGGCCCUGGAGCAGCCCUCAGACAACCAGAAGGACAGCAUCACCCUAGAAAAAGCUUUGUUCCUGCGGAAGCACCCAUGUGUCACGCCUGCUGAGCUGGAAGCACUGAUCAAGCAUGCCAUAGACGCUGUCAGUGCAGGAGUCAGUCCGAUCGACACAUCUUACAACUCCAGUCACUGGGACCUGGGAAGUGCCUUCUUCUUCGCUGGGACCGUGAUCACAACGAUAGGUUACGGGAACAUAGCUCCCAGUAGAGGAGGGAAGAUCUUCUGCAUCCUGUACUCCUUAUUUGGCAUCCCACUGUUUGGGUUCCUCCUGGCUGGCAUCGGAGACCAGCUGGGGACCAUAUUUGUCAAGAGCGUUUUGAGGGUGGAGAAGAUAUACAGGAAACAAAUAAGCCAGACCAAAAUCAGAGUUACCUCCACCAUACUCUUCAUCCUGGCCGGGUGCAUAGUCUUCGUCGGUGUCCCAGCGGUGAUUUUCAAACAUAUCGAGGGAUGGACGACUCUGGAUGCUCUCUACUUUGUUGUCAUCACGCUAACAACGAUUGGCAUCGGGGACUAUGUGGCAGGUGGGGAUCGGAAGAUCAAGUACAUGAAGUGGUACAAGCCCCUGGUCUGGUUCUGGAUCCUGGUGGGUCUGGCCUACUUCGCUGCGGUCCUGAGCAUGAUCGGAGACUGGCUCAGAGUGCUUUCUAAAAAGACCAAAGAGGAGGUGGGGGAGUUCAAGGUCCACGCCGCUGAGUGGACGGCCAAUGUGCAGGCCGAGUUCCGGGAGACGCGUCGGCGGCUGAGUGUGGAGAUCCACGACAGGUUGCAGCGGGCCGCCACCAUCCGCAGCAUGGAGCGCAGGCAGCUGGGCCUGGAGCAGAGGACCCACUCGCUGGACAUGCUCUCCCCAGAGAAGAGGGCCGUGUUUGUCAGCCUGGACCAGGGCCGCUUCAAGACCUCCUCCCAGGAGAGCAUUGACACCAAGCUGAAUAACUUGAGGUUGCGAGGGGCAGGGGAGCUUUGUUAUGAGCAGCGGAGAGGCAGCGAGCAGACCCAGCAGGCCUCAUCAGAGGACGAUAAGCUCUUCAACCUCCGCUUCCGCUCCCUCACCAAGCUAACCAAGAGACACAAGAACCGUGACCUGAAGAGUAACAUUCCCGAUGAUGUGCGGAGAGCUUGCGAGGCAAUGGAGAAGAGGGAGGAGGAC